ACCGCAUGGCUGCGUCCAGAUUAGAACAUGUUCGAGACAACUCGUUAUGUUCCACUGGCCAAGCAUACUUCAUGUGUACACUCAAGAUUCACGUAAAGCCCAGCUUGGUCUCAAUGGAAACUACUGGAAAUCACGUACAUGUAGAGACGUGUGUGCGUGUGUGUGUGUGUGCGUCUCAGAUAGGCUCCUCGUUUGAGCCACCACACUCGCUCACUCAGUCACUCAGGAGACGCCUAUUGAGAGCGACAUGGCCUGAUAAUCUCACUCCUGCUCAAUAGAGCCUGCUCAGGACGCCUGGAGAACAAUGCCAGGGGUGACGCUCCCAAUUACUGUCCCAGCAGCAACUCCAGGCUGCCCAGUCAAACCGCGGGCACAGCAAAGCUUAUCGCCCAUGCCACAUCGCCCUCACACUUCUCCUCCGACAAGGCUAUGCCAACCGACCGACCACCACUGCUGCUGCACAACUCCAAUAGCACAACAGCAAUUACUAUAUAAUAACAAAACAAAAACGAUCCACCAGCAUUAACAGUAGGAAAAACAAAAUCCCUGAUGCCAAUAGACAUGUUUCUCAAUGUGUAUGAGAUAAAACAGGGAGGCAACCUCUUAAAAUGAAAGUACAUAAUGCCUUAGCAUUUGAAUUUGAGUCAAUGAAAAGGGGGUUCUUUCGAGGUGGUUCAGUUUGCAAGUUCACCUCCAUGCAGAGAGGACGAGACAGGUUGCACACACUGGAUCAUUCUAAUGGAAAGAAGCCCAGUGAUUCAGAAUCCGUUUACACCAAUGACUGUAUACAAGGAGUAAGGUAUAGGUUCUUUUGAGCUCACGGAGGUUCAGAAUCCCAUUGUGCCUUUGAAUCUUUGUUACACUGUGUAUUGGCACCCUUUGUCCACAUACAGUACAAUGAGGGUUUCGGAUAGAGGUACUGAAUAUGUGCUGUCAGCCCAUUCUACCGCGCAAGCCUCAAUGGAGCCCUCUCCGUCGGACAAACAGCAAACACUUCAUAUGUAGUCAUGCAGGUGGGAUGUUUGUGCACUUUACAGGAUUUGGAUUAAAAAAAGAGUUUUUUUCUCCAAAGGUUGAGUGAUGGGAGACUGGUCUAUUCUCGGGCGCUUCCUCACAGAAGUGCAGAAUCACUCCACGGUCAUCGGCAAGAUCUGGCUGACCAUGCUGCUGAUCUUCCGAAUCCUGCUGGUGACGCUGGUGGGCGACGCCGUCUACAGCGACGAGCAGUCGAAGUUCACCUGCAACACGCUGCAGCCCGGUUGCAACAACGUCUGCUACGACACCUUCGCCCCCGUCUCGCACCUGCGCUUCUGGGUCUUCCAGAUCGUCCUCGUCUCCACACCGUCCAUCUUCUACAUCGUCUACGUGCUGCACAAGAUCGCCAAGGACGACAAGCUGGAACUGGAGACGGUGCACGUGCAGAGCAAGCGGCCGGUCGGGGACUACCUGGGCCAGGUGGAGAGGGGCGAGGGCCAGGGGGGUCAACACUACGAGGAAGAGUGGGGCCCGCCCCAGGAGGAUGAGUGUGCGGAGCAGAGUCUGCUGGAUGAGGACUACAGGGAGGUGGGGAAGGACCCCACGCAGCUGUCCAGCCAGGUCCUGCUCACAUACAUCGUCCACGUGGUACUGCGCUCGAUCAUGGAGAUCACUUUCCUGGUGGGCCAGUACUACCUGUUCGGCUUCGAGGUGCCGCACCUGUUCCGCUGUGAGACCUACCCAUGCCCGACGCGCACUGAUUGCUUCGUGUCGCGCGCCACCGAGAAGACCAUCUUCCUCAACUUCAUGUUCAGCAUCAGCCUGGGCUGCUUCCUGCUCAACAUCGUGGAGCUGCACUACCUGGGCUGGGUCUACAUCUUCCGCGUGCUCUGCUCCGCCUGCUCCACGUGCUGCCGUCCAGAGAGGGGCCCCGCGGAGCGCAUCAGCCUCUACGCUGACCACAACCCCCUGCUGCUGCAGCUCAAGCACUCGCUGCGCGGACACCUCGUUCUGCAGAGCCCGGCGCCCGACGCCCAGGAGAAGGUCGGGGGUGGUGGGGGAGGCGGGCUGCUCGCCCACGCGCCGGCCAUCUCAUUCGAGACGGACUCCACGGUGGAGUGCACGUCCAAGCGGAGCCUGGAGGAUAGGGAGCGCAUGAGGGUCAAACUGGCCAACGUGGCCAAGCUGGGCCGGACCAAAAAGUCCUGGCUAUGAGUCAGGACAAGCCCAUCAUGCUAUCUACCCUCUCUACUCUCUGAGUGGAAGGUGUUUUGGUCAAUAUACAAGUCUACAAGUCAGGAUGCUCAAAACACAACAAACUCCUCGCAUGGCAGCCUAUGAUUCCUCUGUGUAUGACUGUGUGAGUGAACAGGUGAAAGUGAGGCAUUACUUUGUAAAGCACUCUAAGUACUCGGGGGAGAAAAAAAAGUGCAACAUAUUCAAAAUGCUGUCCAUCUACUAGUUCACCAUACCAGGAUAGAGCUAUCAGGACCUCGCUCCUCCCUAAGGGCAAGAUGUUUUAGUCAAUAUGUAUGUUUCAUAUUGUUAUAUAACAUCUUUGAAGAAACACAUUUUGUAUCUGGAGCCAUAAACAGUGCACAGAAACCAAAUUCCACAGUGGAUGGAAAUACAGUACAUAGCUCCAACCAAUUUUAAAUCAUUUUCAGCUCAACAUUCAUUUAUAUUGCAUAUUGACCUGGAUAGCAGGUAUUAUUUGGCAUCCCUUUGUUCACUUCUUAGCUACUUCUUGGUGAAAUUGUAGUUAAUCUUUAGUAAUAACAUGAUUUUUGCUGUGUAAUUUCAGGCAUCAUACACAAACACUAUUUUAGUGCAUAACUUGGCUGUGUAAGCUGUGUGGUACAAGUGAAGAUUUAAACAUUAGUUUUGGGCCAGUUUGACUGAAUGUGAACAUGUUUUGGAGUAAGCACUCAUUUAGAUGUAAUGUCGAUCAGUUCUGACAUAAUGUUUGUUAAUAACUAUUUCUCACAAAACCUUUCUUGGGUGAACUAUUGUGAAAGAAUGAUUGUUUUUAUAUAAAUAUUAUAGAUGUUCUUCAUUCAUAUGAGAAAGCUUUUUGAAUAUUUCAGUGUUGCAUAGGCCUGACUACAUUUUCAAAAGCUUCACAUUUUAGGGGCCAGUUUAAAUGGCAUGCAAUAAUCCUGAGAGAACCAGCAACAGCGACUGUGACAUCAUAGGUGUAUGGUUGUACCAAACAUAAAUACACUAGUCCUACAUAACACUUCACAUGCAAUUUAUGAGAGGGCAUUUGCCAGCAUGUUACUUGCGUGAACUUGAAUGACUGAUAGAACUAUCUGUAAGCUUGUGUUUGUUAAAGACCAUUUUAGUGGUACUUUGAAGAGGGAAGUGAUAAAGGGAAAAGGAGUGUGUCAGAACGACGAGGAGAGGAAGAGUUUGGAGAGACUGUUGACACGAGUGAGAAUUAUAAGCAAGACUGAGAGGCUGAGAGACAUCUCCUUUGAGGAAGACACUUCUCAGUAGACAUAUACCAAACGGAAGAGGUGGGUAUUGAAUGGGUUUUCAUGGGUAUUGAAUGAAUAAUUCAUGGGUAUUGAAUGAAUAAUGAAACUAGGUCUGGAAUUCUACUGUCAUGAAGAAAUGUACACCCAUUAUACUCAUAAUAACUCAUCUCGUUACUCAAACCCACACAUUAUAUGUCAUUUUCUAGCAGCCCACCAGAGAGCACUGUUUCAUAAAUUGGACACACAUAGGUACAGCUAGACUGCUCUAUCUGUUCAUUGGUAUGAUCUAACAUACCCUGGCGUAGAGCAAGCACAUUUGCUUGCAUGGAACAGUGACUGUAUGCUCACUGUCCUAGGCGUAUGUGAACAUUCACAACACUGCAUGGCAAACAACUGAAGAAAAAAGCAUAUUUAAAUAAGUAAAUAUUUCAAACGUAAUCACUGAGGGUGCUACAGUCAGGAGAUGUGCAUUUCAUGGAGUCACAAAAGAAAAAAAUCAACCACUAUAUAUCUCUAUUGUUUAAUCUCUGAGUACUUUUAAUUAGU